CAUUUUUACAAGAUUAAUAUUACAAAAUAAAACGUGCGCAUAAAGAAUAUAUUCAUUAGAGAUACAUUUUUAACAAUUUUUUCAAGUGUCGUUGUAUACUUCUUUUGCUGUGUAUUCUCUUGUGUUACGACGGACUUUUAAGUGCUCGAAUCCGCCGCCUUUGCUUUACUAUCUUGUACGUUAUCUUUACCCUACUCCUGCAUAUUUUCAUUUUCGUUUUUCUAAUCGAAGAAUGGAGUUAGACUCGGGAAACGUUGAGAAGGUCAUCUCAACUCUCGAAAAGAGGGCUGAUGACUCUGAGAAAGCGAUUGAAAAUCUUCUGAAGAUGGUCGAUGGCGUGACGGAUAAAUCUUCUUUAAUCGAGCGAUUAGAGAAGCUUCUGAAGCUUUUACAUGAAGAUCGUGAGGAGUGUGAGAAAAUCCAAACCCAACGAAAUGAGUUGACGGAGGAGAACGAGCGGCUGCGCAUGCAAAUAGACAAACACAAGUACCGUAUCAAGCAUCUUUUGAGAACCAUCGAGAGUCUUGAAUCAGAAAAAAAAUAACGUAUCGAUAUUUAUGUGUGCGAUCGAAAUAGGAUAACAAUAAAAGUGCGGAAAAAAUAUAGUAUGUAAUUUGAAGGGAUUAUUUUUCAAAUUUCUGAUAAACGCCUCAUCCUCUGUUUCACUAAAUAGUAUUAUGUUAGAGAAAAGGAAAA